ACGAUGCCAGGCCCCAGUGCCUAUAUGAUGCCGGGCCACCGAUUGCCCAUAUGAUGACCUAUGCCGAUGACCUAUGCCUAUGCCUAUGACAAUCAAAACCACAAAAAUAAUGAGAAUGAGAUCCCGCGGCGUUAGAAUGACUGGGGGUAAUACCAAUACUGAAAGAAUGGAUUUGUGCGUUCUUCUUGCAUGUUUUUUAUGUUUUUUUCAUGUAUGGAGCUAGUCCUUAUGAGGAAACUAGACUCUACUUUUUGUAAUUAAUUUUUAUUGCAGAUUUGAAUGAUUUGGGUGCUUUUGACUGCGUGGUUAACUGGCCUGCGUAGCAUGGGGGGGUGUUGGAGCUACUACACAAGCCCUAACCCACGUGACCCACACACAUAUAUUUAGCUUCCACUAGCUGCUAGUUAGUUAGAUCAUAACAACAACAACCAACCAUGUUCAACCUCUCUCACACAUCCGCAAAUCAGGUGAUCCGGGCAGGCAUACUACGUACCGUACUGUACUCCGUACUAGGAAAAGAGACGCGACAUGACGGGGAAGAGAGGAUCUGUGGUCUCCACUUCCCGGUCGAUAAUUGGCUACUUGUCUCCUCUGUAUCGUAUCCCUGCUAGCUCAGAUCUAUGGAUGGCCCCACGAUGCGCCUUUUUCUCGGGAUUUGGAAUUUUUUUCGUGCCCAAAACCCACCCCUCCCCGGGAGUCAGGCCAUCUUCUCCCCGGUGUCGAUCACCCGUCCCGAGGUCCCACGAUCCAAUAACGAGCCCCCACUUCCACUACCUUCCCUGUGGUGGUGUUAAAGAGUCCUGCUUCCUCAUUAACUAUCAUUAUCAUUAUUGUUUAUUCUUCUUUAUUAAGCAUCCACCCUAGCCUAGCCACGCUCGAAGGGUUCGCCUCUGCGGCCGAGCGGUAGUAUAUAGCGGUUUGUGCUCCUCAUGGGAUUGUGAGUGUCCUCAUGGUCCGCAUGGUCGAAUGCGCGUUCGACGGAGGCCAACCCUCCCAGCUUGCGCUGUAACGACUGGUUCACAUUAUGCGAAACUUUCAGAGGUGUCUUCGUCCGCAGCAACGUCCAUCUCUACGCAGAACUUUUCCCCGGUAUGGUAGGCUCGGCACUAUGUAGUCGGUGUUUUAGCGGGGCGAACGAGCGCCGCGGAUGGAUGGGAUAGGAGAGAUUACGGGUUUUUUCUCUGAUCUCUUUUACAGUGUCCACUUCUUGAAUCCUCCAGUCAUGCGUUGAGCCAACGUAAAUACAUUUAUCUACGAACUCGCGUGGCGCAGUCUUGCCAACCAGCAGCCAGACGUUGUCGAACGCGGUUGCGACCCAGGAGAAGAGGAUGGGGAGCGCAAUGCAGAUGGCCCCCGAUGGGAUCCAGAUACCAUGCGAAUCUAUCGCCCAAAAUUGACAUGAUGAGACCGAAUAUGUUAACGGCAAGAUCAUUGCUGUGGUCGAUGAAGAAGAUGUGAGCCGCUGGGUAGCGGCGGAUCCAGAGACUGUGGCGGAACAGACAGAAUUUCGUAAAGAUAGCUGCUACCCCAACAAAGAUCAGUGGGGUUAGCUUUUAGUUUCGGAUCGAUUCGAUAAUAAGCUGCACCGCGACGAUUGGUCGUCAGGGCGCAGAAGAGAAUAAUGCCCACCGUUUCGGCCCUGCGCUGUCCCACGGGAUAUUUGUGAGGUUUAGGUAAGGGCGGCCAUCGGCGAAGUGAUGAGCAUGAUGACCACGGACGAAACUAGAUCCAUGAAUGCAUCUGUCGCGACUGCGAAGAGGGCCAGCGAGUCCGUGUAAUAUAGCAGCGAACGUUUGGAUGACGAAGAGGCAUAGAUUGACACUAAAGCUCCCGUUUACGGCCCAUUUUACACUUGCCGCCGUUCUUUUCAAAGUCGAGUCGAGCCAAUCGCUCCUCAUCGCCGCUCUGGAGGAACUGGUCGAUGAGACUAUUCUGGCGGGCGUGGAAUUUAUGUACUUUUCUAUGGUUCCCGGAGGGAUAGUCCGUCUUGAUGGAAUCGCGGGUAAGCUCUGUUCUUUUCGGUUGAUGGAGGGAGAGAGAAUCAUUGAGGUUGUUGUUGGCUUGCGAUAUCCCUCUCGAAGAAGGCAAAAAAGCUGGUUUGUGGGACGCAUUCGUCGAUCACUUCCUCACUAUCGGGUGUUAUUCUUGGAGACCUUGGAGUCUAAGCUAUUGAGGUAGGAUGAGAAGAAGUAGCAUGCAUCUCCUGUACUGGAGUCUGCUCUACAGAGCUGUUCGUUGGAUCUGCCAUAUAGAAACGGCAAAACUCUUGAGGAGAACGCGCCAGUGGGAUGCAAGUUGAAAGGUAGAUGUCUCAAUAGCAAUGACAAGAGUGCCAAUACAAUAUAAAUUUCAAUUUGAGAAACAUUACGUAUCGCCACAGAUACUAAGAUCCGUCGCGCUGUUGACCAGCAGAAACAUCGAGAUAUAGAGUCGUGGACGCCAAACCGUCCGGCUCCGUGAGGGCAGUGUGCAUCUUGUUCCGAAGUCAGGGGGAGAUAACAUGACAAUGACGGGCACACAGCAGGCGAUGAGAUUUAUCCGCUUACGACCAAUCAGAUCGUCAGAUAUGUUGCAUUGGGCGGCUAAAAAGGGGUUGGGGCUGCUAACGCCUUGGCAUUAUAACUUGCUCCCUCGGCACAGCAUACAUACCCCCUUUCCUAGGGUCAGAUAUAAAACGCGCUCUUGCAUACAAAUCGCACCCACUAGCGGAGUUUUAACAAGGCCCUUCACUCUCUAACCUCCUUGACAGGAUGGGCAGUCGUUUGUCUAACAGUCAUGCCGCUCUGCCGUGACAGCGUUGUUCUGGCCAACAGAAUGACCUGAGAACCCUAGGAUAUCGCUCAUCUUCAGAGCAUCUUCUUUGCCAAUGUAUCGUUUCACUUACUGGCUAACUGCGAGUACGUAUGGUAGUGUAUGGUAGUGAUGGCCUUAUAUGUCGAUUUUCGAGGCAAGUCGAGCCGUGGACUAUCUUGAACAGUGUGGAGUGUGCUCCUUUUUCUCGAACCCCGUCGCCUCCUUUUCAGGUUUUGGCUUUUCUGGCUGAAACUGUUUUUUCCCCAUUCUUCUCCUCAUUUUUCAUUUUUCAUUUUAUUUUUUAUUUUUCUUGUUCCUUCUUGUAUACUCAGCCUCCGAGAACGAUUUAGCUGAAUGCGAUGCGCAUUUCAUAAAUCGAGUUUAUAUCCCAAGGCUCUCUCCUACCCAGAUCUUGUGAUUUGAGCGCCCACGUCCAGUUGAUAAACCGCUUCAGGAUUGCAAAUACUGGCCCUGUCUUGCCCAUUGCUAGGUACUUUUUUGCAUUUUAGCCGUUUUAUGUCCCAAUGAUGGAUCCAAGUAUCCCGCCCUCUUUCAUUCGUAACACCUCGUCGUGGAUCCGGAGUCAUCCAACCGGGACUCCUCAGCUUCCACCUUGACCGAGUUGAUCCACCAAUCCUAAUGUUUAUCUAUGUACUUCAGCGCAUAUCGAUAUUUGUUGUCAAGCAUCGCAACAUCUCUAAUUUCAUUUCCUUUCAAGAUGGUUUGAUAUCUGCCUCACUCUCUUUGCCUGGGCAUUGCUGGUCAAUGCUAUUAGUACUUUUGUUUACCCUUUGUUUCCCACUGGCUGUAGGGCAGUCAUAUCCAUCCUUCUUGCUUUUAUUAUAUCUUUCAUUUGUUGUAUUUUAACGAUCCUUCUUUUUUUCGCGGUGUCUUUCGCCCGGGUACGCCAUUAGGGACGACAAGAUGGAAGCAACUGAACGCCCAAAGUGCGGCUCUGGCAAAGCAGCGGAGGAAUAUGAUCUGCCGCUUCAUGUCGGUGCCCUCUGUACGUGCAUCCCCACUCUACCAAACGCAUUGACUGUGUAAGUUACUACCAACGGCAUUCGCAUCUUUAACCGACCCAUGCCUGCCGCCUUUGUUCACAGAGCAGUAUCCUGCUAUGCCUGGUGUUAGUAUACUGGCAGCCCUGCUUGCUCUGUUUUGUGUUGAGUUAUGGAUGAACACAAAAAUAGGUGGUCACGGCAACGGUGGCGCAACGGGCCAGGAUCUCGUCCAUGUUGGCCAUGGGUGUGGUUGGGUGGUAAUAGUAAUCAUGAAAAGAUUUCGUAGCCCAAGGAAAACAAGGGAAUUUGCUUCUCCCAGAGACUUUGACCGAUCAUACGUAAAUUCCCAAUCGGAAAUGCCAGUCUGUUAUAUCCGCGAGCGCGAGUGGACCCACGCAAUGCUUCACAGCCACGUUAUGCAGGAACCCGAGCGGAAGAAGAUAGAAAACAACACCUCCCAAGCCAGCGACCUAGGGCCUGGCGGUAUCCUGUUGCAUUCGGUAUUCGUUGGCAUGACCGUUUCAAUCGAACCGGAUGGUUUCCUCGUCCUCCUCAUUGCCAUCAUCCUCUUCCACCAGGCGUCCGAAGGCUUGGGCUUAGGUUCCUGGAUUACCCAAGUACCGUAUCCAAAGAAAUCUCUCCGUCCAUGGGAUUUUGACGAUUGCCUUGGGCGGUACAGCUGCUCCGAUUGGGCAGGAGGCCAUUAUUGGACUUAUUGCCUGCACAAGCUAUGA